UUACAAUGCGUGUAUCAAGAAAGAAAUGGAGAGAGAGAGGGUUAGCAGGAAAAAAAAGAUCCCUAGCUAGCUAGCUACAUCUCCACAAGGUCGACUCUAACAAAUAUAGCCAACUAAAGUUUAUCCAGACGACAAUAUUGUUUACUGUUACUACUGCACCUUGAGUUUGUACACUGAACAGUUGCUGUUGUUCUCAAUAAGAAACAUUUUAUAUUUGUGCAACAAAGAACUGCUGAUGCUUACAAUUCUAUUGAAAUCAAGGAGUUCAUAUCGAUACAAAGUAACACAAAUUGUAAACAAGUUCAUGAUGCCUCCUAAAUCUAAAAAACAAGAUAACAAACAAAAGAACAUUGCAUCGUUUUUUACAAAACCUGGAAAACGAAGUAGUGAUAAUAAAAAUAACGAUGACACCCCAUCCUCUAAAAAGACAAAAACAAACCUGGAUACUUCUCCACCACUUUCACCGGAUCAAAGGAAAAGAAUAGAAGAAAACAAGAAAGAAGCUUUAAAAAAACUGGAACAUAAUGCACAACAGGGAAUCGACAUGGGACAUUCAUGGAAAGUAGCCUUACAAUCUGAAUUUACAAAGCCAUACUUUCAGAAGCUUCAAGAUUUUUUAAUUGCAGAAAGAAAAAGAGCUACUAUAUAUCCCCCUGAAAAACAUGUGUAUAGUUGGACAAGAUUUUGUGACAUACAAGACCUUAAAGUUGUUAUUCUUGGACAAGAUCCGUAUCAUGGACCAAAUCAAGCACAUGGUUUGUGCUUCAGUGUACAAAUUGGAGUACCUGCACCACCAAGUCUUGUCAACAUGUAUAAAGAAUUAGCAAGCGACAUUUCAGGAUUUAAAAAGCCAGAUCAUGGACAUCUAGUUGGUUGGGCAAAACAAGGUGUGUUGCUACUGAAUGCAUGUUUAACCGUUGAAGCAAGUAAGCCGAAUUCUCACAAAGAUAAGGGUUGGGAGAAAUUUACCGAUGCCACAGUAAAGUACAUCAACGAUAAUUUAAAUAAUGUUGUGUUCAUCUUAUGGGGAGGAUAUGCUCAAAAGAAAGGAAAAUUCUUGAACAAAAGCCGCCACCUUGUUUUAACUGGCGUACAUCCUUCUCCAUUGUCUGCUCAUCGUGGUUUUUUCGGUUGCAAGCACUUCUCGAAGGCGAAUGAAUAUUUGAAGAAAAACAGAAACAAAGAAAUAGAUUGGUCGUAUUUGCCAGCCAGUUUGUGACACUAACAUUGCUGCAGCAUAGUUUGUAUGUGCGACCACACUAGACGCUUCACAAGAAAUUUUUUAGAAAAAUUACUUGACGUUACUUGUAAAUCAACGUUUUAUAUUUUGUUCAUAGUUUUGUUAAUACUACAAAUAGAGUGGAUGUGUAAAAAAUAGAAGUGGAGAAAUUGUAA